AUGGCAAGUUCAGGCGGUUACGGAGAUGCGAACCAGAGGAUAGACUACGUCUUCAAGGUGGUUCUGAUCGGUGAUUCGGCGGUGGGGAAAUCACAGAUACUAGCUAGAUUUUCUAGGAACGAGUUCAGCUUGGACUCAAAGUCCACCAUCGGAGUUGAAUUUCAGACGAGGACUCUUGUCAUCGAUCAUAAGACCGUCAAGGCUCAGAUCUGGGAUACUGCUGGUCAAGAACGAUAUAGAGCAGUUACAAGUGCAUACUACAGGGGUGCUGUAGGAGCAAUGUUGGUUUACGACAUCACAAAGCGUCAGACAUUUGAUCAUAUACCUCGUUGGCUAGAAGAACUUCGCAACCAUGCUGAUAAGAAUAUAGUCAUUAUUCUUGUAGGGAACAAGAGCGACCUUGAGAACCAGCGUGAUGUACCAACAGAGGAUGCAAAAGAGUUUGCUGAGAAAGAAGGCUUGUUUUUCUUGGAGACCUCUGCAUUGCAAGCAACUAAUGUUGAAUCAUCCUUCAUGACAGUUUUGACAGAAAUAUACAACAUUGUCAACAAGAAAAACCUGGCUGCUGAUGAAAGUCAGGGAAAUGGGAACUCAGCUUCUUUAUUGGGCCAGAAAAUUGUUAUUCCAGGUCCUGGGCAGGAGGUCCCUGCUAAGAGUAGUAUGUGUUGUCAGUCUUGA